AUGGCUGUUCCAAACCUGGUUGCAGUGUAUGGAUGGAAUAGCUCCGAAGAGCUGAUGAAAUGUGUGUACGACACACAGACGAUUGAGGAGUUUGAAAAUUGUUGGGCUGGGUUUAUUAAUACAUACGACUUACAUGAUAAUGCAUGGUUGACAAGUUUAUACAUUGAGCGUGAGCAUUGGGUACCGGUUUUCCUGAAAGAGCACUUUUGGGCUGGAAUGAGUACAACCCAGCGCAGCGAGAGUAUGAAUGCGUUUUUUGACAGUUAUUUCCAUUCAAAGACAAACUUGAAAGAGUUUGUAGACCAGUUUGACAAUGUAUUGAAGAAAAAGAUUGAAAAUGAAAAUCAGGCGGAAUUCCAAUCAUUCAGCGGCACCAUUCCUUGCGUAUCAAGAUCUCCAAUUGAAAAGAAAUUUCAAGAGCUGUACACCAACAAUAAAUUUAAGGAAGUCCAACAGCAAGUAAUCGGUCUGAUUGAUUUGGAAAUAUCUCUACAGGCAUCUGAUGGUGUAAAUAGGAGGUACUUGGUAGAAGAUGAAGUCCGUAUUCAGGAGUUCACAAAACAGGUUACAUAUUCAGUGGAGUUUACUGUGGAUGACUGCAAUGCCAAGUGUUCAUGUGGGUUAUUUCAGAUGAGAGGGAUACUGUGUAGGCAUAUUUUGGCUGCAUUCAAAGCUAAUGGUAUAAAGUCAUUGCCAAACCAGUACAUUUUAGAUCGAUGGAGGAAGGACAUCAAGAGGAGAUACACGUUGAUCCGAAGUAGCUACAAUGCAGGGGAUCAGAUUGCAAACGGUAAUAGACACACAAUCCUGUUGAAUUUGUGUUAUGAGAUGAUAGAUUAUGCGGUGGAUUCAGAUGAGCAAUUUGAAGAUGCAAAGAAAAGGAUUGAGGAGAUGACUGUUACAUAUCGUCAGAACCGGCGCCCCUUAUCUAGUACCCAAACAGGAUGUACGACAAGUCAGACUGCAGUUGGUGGGUCCCAACAAGUUAAGAGUCCAGUUAUUGUCAGAGGGAAAGGAAGACCCCCAUCUCUUAGAAGAGCAUCUAUGAUGGAGAUAGACAUGAGGAAGCUUAAAGCCAAACAGAAGAAAACGCAAGUUGGAGGAAAGCGCAAACAGCGAGAUGAGAGGGAUACGGGAUCCAUGGGCACGUCCAUGACUUUGUUUGAUGAGAGGGAUACAGCACCCAUGCUCACUCGAAGGAAUUUAUUUGGGCCAUCAGAAGUAGACCUCACCCAUCCUGUUCAACUGCAGGUAGUAGAACAUAAUGCACUUUUUGGCUACUAG